CCCACCUCCGUCUCCUGCUCCAAUCUGUUAGUCAAAAUUCGUCAUUGCUUUUUCUCUUCAGACAACAGUCGCUUUCCAUCUUCCAAAAUCUCUUUCUUUCUUAACCAAAAUCACUGAAACUUAAUUUUAAUUUUAAUCUUUAUGACCAAAACCACACUGAUCACUCUUUAAAUCCUUCCUUCAAUGGAGACUAUCAAAUGCAGAUCAAUCCCCAGCAGCAACAAGAGCAAGAUUGCAAGAACUUUUCAAAAAGUCAUAAACCUCAAGACUGCAACAAGAAUUGCUUCCAAUAAUGGGAUUGGGAUUUGUCUAUUCAAUCCAGAAAACAAAUUUCAAGAUGAUCAUCCACCCACAAUUUACUACAAAUCCCAUAAUGCUUCCAUCGACAAGCACAAGGAUGAUUCUAAAGCCAAGCGCAAGGCAGCUUUGGAUGCGUUAGCUGCCAAGCUUUUUGCAGGCAUCACUGCUAUCAAAGCAGCUUAUGCUGAGCUUCAACUGGCUCAGACUCCUUACUGUAGUGAUGCUAUUCAUGCUGCAGAUCAGGCUGUUGUGCAAGAGCUCAAGCUACUCUCAGAACUUAAACGAAGCUUUUUCAAGAAUGAACUUGAUCAUCUCUCAUCACAGGUUACUGUUAUGCUUGCUGAGAUUCAAGAGCAACAAAGCUUGAUGAAGACUUAUGAGAUCACCAUCAGGAAACUUCAAGCGGAAACUCAGGUUAAAGAUUCAGAAAUUUCUUCUCUGAAGAAACAGCUCGACGAAUCCAUGGCGUUUAACAAGUCUUUAGAGAAAAUAUUAAAUGAAAGUGGGCCUUUGUCGAUGUUUGAUAAUGUUCAGUUCUCCACUUUAAACACAACCCAUUUCGUGCAAUUCUUGCAUUCUGCUUUGAGAUCCAUGAGGAGUUUUGUUAAGUUGAUGGUUCGUGAAAUGGAAGUUGCUGAAUGGGAUAUUGAAGCUGCUGCAAAAGCAAUCGAACCUGAAUCCAUUUUUUCAAAGCCACCCCAUCGUUGCUUUGUGUUUGAAUCAUUUGUGAGCAAAACGAUGUUCGAGGGUUUCAACUAUCCAAACUUUAUGCUCCCAAAUGAAUCUCCACCGCCCAUGAAUCACCAUCACAGGGGUGAACACUACUUCAACAAGUUCAAGAAGCUAAAAUCUGUAAACCCAAGACAUUACCUGAACCAAAAUCCAACUUCAUCCUUUGCAAGAUUCACAAGGGCCAAGUAUCUCAAGCUUGUCCAUGCAAAAAUGGAAUGCUCUCUGUUUGGGAACUUGAACCAUAGGAAGCUAGUGAACUCCGGUGGAUUCCCGGAUUCUGCUUUCUUUACAGCUUUCCUUGAGAUGGCUAGGCGAGUAUGGUCUUUGAACCUUCUGGCCUUUUCAUUUGGUGAAAAUGUUAGCAUUUUUCAGGUGAGCAAAAAUUCAAGAUUCUCUGAAGUGUACAUGGAGAGUGUAGCCCAUGAAUCUUUACUCGAAAGUGACGGUGUUGAAGCUGAGCUCCGGGUGGAUUUCACGGUGGUUCCUGGGUUCAAGAUCGGUAAAACUGUGAUACAGAGUCAGGUUUAUCUAUCGCCGGCGGUUGCUUACCGGUGAGCUGUUGAUUUUUUUCUUAUAAUUUUGCUAUGUAUAAUUUUGUAAUAUAUAAUGAUAAAAUAAUAUUAGAAGAGAGUGAAGUUAUACGUUCACGCGCUUUACGAGUCGUGUACUAAAUGCGGUUUUCAAGUGGGGCGGGUAAGCGAGGUCUGAGUUUUCACUUGAGAGGUGCAGUUAGUUAGACGUGGAUGCGCGUGGGUUUUGAUGGAAGCACUGGCAUCUGGACCCACACGUGAAAUUGGCAGGUCUGUGGGGACAGGAGCUGGUGCUUUGUAGUAUGACAGACAAGGAAAAGCUGUUGAGGCAUAAAUUUUAUGUUAAAAUAUUGUGCUCUUUUCCGGUU